AGUUUUAAAUAAUUUUCACAACUACAAUUAAAUACAUUUAUUGAGAACAAGGAGAGACCGGAACAGAAACCCAGCUGCAGUGAGUUACCAGCAGUUACCAGCAGUUACCAGCAGUUACCAUACCAGCAGUUACCCGCAGUUACCAGCAGUUACCAGCUGCAGUUACCAGCAGUUACCAGCUGCAGUUACCACUCGGAGGAACGUUCUGAUGAGAUUGUUGUUGAACUGAUAGAUGAAUUAUGUGACAUCCAUAUUCAGCAGUGUAAAAGGUUACUAUGACGGGAUCAACGGAGCAACUCUCACUGGUGCACUAGAUGUGAUCGUAGUUAGACAACCUGAUGGAACAUUCCUUUCUUCUCCCUUUCACGUGAGAUUUGGGAAACUAAACGUUCUUCAGAGUGCUGAGAAACUGGUAGAUAUCACGGUGAAUGGAAGACCGGUUAGUCUGCAGAUGAAACUUGGCGCAAACGGAGAGGCUUUCUUUGUCAAGACUGUUCACGAAACAGACGCAGAAUACCAGUACCUUGAUACCAGCACCUCUCCAAUACAAACAGACAGUCCGAUGGAGAUGAUGAGACAACAGAGAGAUAGAUACCGUCAGGAAUCAACUGUUACGGAGGAUGAAACAGAGUUUUCAGAUUCUUCAUCUGAUCAGGACGAAUAUUACGGGGAGCGAGACAGGUACGGAGCUGAAGAUUGUCUCUCAGACAGCGAACUGUUAGCUACUCAACACAGACAACAGAAAAUGGAUAAGGAUAUAAACAACCGAAUUGUGUGGGAUUGGGGAGAUCUCCCUCACGAGAAUAGAUCGCAGAACAUGCCCGCAGCGACCAGUGCAGACGAGGAGGAGACCUCGUUUAUGAGGGGAAUGUGGGAUUACAUGGGACGAGGGAGGAGGAAACGCAAGAAUACCUUCAGUGGCACUAUUGAUGUUCAAGAGGGCAUGUUUCUGGAUGACAUAGACACGGAAGAUCCGGGUGCAGUUUCACAUUACUUCGGUGUUCAAACAUCUCGACGAAGCAGGGCGAACGAAAGCUAUAGCGAUUAUAGCGAGGAAGCGUCCAAGAACGAGGAGAAGAUGAGAAGGUUGGACGCGUUGUCCCUUGAAGCCCCCAGAUAUUACAUGAACACAACAUCCCACUUCUCAGCUACUGAGUCUUCAGGCAUCAGUAUGCAGACUCAAACUCGAACUAUUUCAAAACGAAACAAACGAAAUCAGACAGUUGAAGAUUUGUACUCUAAUGAACCAGAUAUUUUGUUAUCAUUAUGUGGCGAUGAUUGGGAGUCGUUCGAUAAUUACGUCAUUACAUUCGAUCAAAUAGCCGACGAUCACACCGGCAUUCUUGAUGACGAAAAUUUGAUUGUCAAAUGUGGACAUGAUUAUUAUAACUGGAAUCAAGCUCCGAAUGAAGUUUUAAUCGCGAUGGCAUUUCGGGAAUCUCGAUCGUCCAUAGAGGAAGACACGGACGACGAGAGAGCUCGCAGUUUGACUUACAAUUCUCUGACGGAGGACAUGGAAGAUGAAGUUGGUGGUCCUAAAUACAUCAAAACAGUACGGUUAUCAUCGGAACAGCUAGCAAGUUUGGAGCUUAACGAAGGAUCUAACGUCCUGACUUUCAGCGUGACCACUAGUUAUCAGGGAACGACUAAAUGCUUCUGCCAUGUGUAUCUUUGGGAACACACGGAUAAAGUUAUUAUAUCUGAUAUCGACGGAACAAUAACGAGGAGCGAUGUCUUCGGGCACAUAUUACCGUGGGUUGGCAAGGAUUGGACACAGAACAAUAUCGCUCAGCUCUUUUCGGCGCUGCAUAAUAAUGGGUAUAAAUUCCUCUAUCUGUCUUCACGAGCGAUCGGACAAGCCUCCAUGACAAAGAAUUUCUUGAAAUCUAUCAAACAGAAUGGAGUUGGUAUCCCAGAGGGACCAAUGCUCCUCUCACCUGACUCCCUACUCCGCGCGUUCAAAGUCGAGCUAGUCCUCAGAAGACCGAUCUUCAAGAUAAAGUGCUUGAGUGACAUUAAAGGGCUAUUCGGGGAGGACGGGUCGCCUUUUUACGCAGGUUUUGGAAACAAGGGAACUGAUAGCAAGAGUUAUCAGGCUGUUGGGAUACCCCCUCAUCGGACAUACCGGAUCAACCACAGGGGUGAGAUAUACACAGAGAACUCUAUCGUCCAGCACUGUACGUACGCCGAGAUUUACGAUCACAACGAGGUCUACUUCCCCAUUGUCCGUCCUGAAGUUGAGCUGAUGAACGAGGAGUUCUUGGCUCAAAACUUCUGGAGACCCCACAUUCCGGAGAUUAACGAGGAUGAUAUGGUUCUGUGAACUUUCCGAGGUAGAUUAUUAGUCCUGGGAUGUUUAGUUGACUAAUCAGUUGAUUGGUCAAUUGGUUAGUUGUUCGAUUAAUUAUUUGUCAAAUUAACUAACUUGUUUCUUGAGAAUUGGGUUCUGA